CCUCGGUUUUCUGCUGCUGCUGCUGCUAAAGCUGAGGGAGGAAGGGAAGAAGGGAGGCAGAGGGAUAUGGCAUGAGCUCCGGCCAUUGUUGUUGUUGUUGUUGUUGUUAUUAUUUAUGGUAUUUAUACCCAGCCCUUCAUCCCUCAGAACGGCUUACAAUUAUUAUUGUUGUUGUUAUUAUUAUUUUUAAUGCGAGGGCUGCCUGCCCUCAGGCUCGCAGUCUAUGCCAGGCCAUGGAGUUCCCCCCCGGGAACGAGAGCCUGGGGCCGGGCAACGCCUCCCUCUCGGCGGGGUCCCGCUGGGUCUACUCUGCAGGGUGGGUGGCGGUGCUGUCCUCGCUGGUGGCCUCUCUGAUGGCGCUGACGCUGUCCGGGAACGCGCUGGUGGUGGCAGCGGUGCUGCGCCGGGGUCCGCUGCGGGCCCCGCAGAACCUCUUCCUGCUCUCCCUGGCCGGCGCCGACAUCCUGGUGGCCGCCCUGGUGAUGCCCUUCUCCUUGGCCAACGAGCUGAUGGGCGAGUGGGUCUUCGGCCGGGCCUGGUGCCGCCUCUACCUGGCGCUGGACGUGCUCCUCUGCACCGCCUCCAUCGUCCACCUCUGCGCCAUCAGCCUGGACCGAUAUUGGUCGGUGACCAAGGCCCCGGAGUACGACGGGCAGAGGACCCCCGGGAGGGUCAAGGCGGCCAUCCUGAUGGUCUGGCUCCUCUCCGCCGCCAUCUCCUCGCCCCCGCUGCUCUCCGGGGCCCAUUGGCAGACAGAGCCACCCUCCCGCUGCAGCCUCAACGAUCAGACUUGGUACAUCUUGGCCUCCUGCGCCGGGUCCUUCUUUGCUCCGGGACUCAUCAUGCUCCUGGUUUAUCUCCGCAUCUACCGCGUGGCUAAGCGCCGGAGUAGCAGCACCAACAGCAGCAGCAGGAGCCUCUCUUGUAAAGAGGGACCCAAAAGAGAGGCAGCCGAGGAGGAAGGGAAGACCCUCGCGGUGGCCUCCUCCUCGGAGCUGUCCUCUUCGCCCCGGCCCCGGGGGCAUCGUCGUCGCCGUCGAAGCCGUCGAGGAGGCACCGAAAGCCAAGGCAGCCUGGCUCUGAAACAAGCUCGGGAGAAGCGCUUCACUCUGGUGCUGUCGGUGGUGAUGGGGGUCUUCGUGGUCUGCUGGUUCCCCUUCUUCUUCAGCUACAGCCUCUACGGCAUCUGCCGCCAGGCCUGCCAGGUCCCCGAGACCCUCUUCAAGUUCUUCUUCUGGAUCGGCUACUGCAACAGCUCCCUCAACCCCAUCAUCUACACCGUCUUCAACCGGGACUUCCGACGGGCUUUCAAGCGCAUCCUCUUCGGAAGGGCCUCCUCCAGGGCCGGCAGAGCUAGGAUCGUGGACCGCAGGCUCUUGGCUCUCCACUGACUGGAGACAGAACCCGCUUUGGCAGGGCUACUUGCUCUUUCUCCAGGCUAUGGAA